AUGGGUAAUAAUCGUCGCCGAUUUCAAGCCUCUUGGUUUGAGACAUAUUCAACUUGGUUGGAGUACUCAAAAUCAAAGGAUGCUAUAUUUUGUCUUCCAUGCUAUGUUUUUGCUAAGAAACCAACAGGUCGUCCAGGAUCAGAUGCAUUUACAGGGAAAGGUUUUAACAAUUGGAAAAAGGCAAGCGAUGGGAUGAAUAGUUCUUUAAUGAGACAUGUGGGGAAAGAUCCAAAUUCACCACAUAAUAUUGCCGUGAAAUGUUGUGAGGAUCUAAUGAAUCAGUCAGGGCAUAUUGACAAGAUAGUUGAAAAGCAAACAUUACAAGAAACAAAGAAUAAUCAGUUGCGGCUCAAAGCCUCUAUAGAUAGUGUUCAAUGGCUUACAUUCCAAGCAUGUCCCUUUAGAGGUCACGAUGAAAGCUCUGGCUCGAAAAAUCAAGGUAACUUCAUUGAAUUGGUAAAGCUCCUAGCAAGCUAUAAUGACGAUGUUAAAGUGCGGGAUGCGAUUAGAAAAGAAAUUGGGGAUGCCAAAUUUUGCAUUCUCGUUGAUGAAGCUCGGGAUGAAUCAAAAAGGGAGCAAAUGGCUAUUAUUUUGAGGUUUGUUGAUAAGGAUGGUUUUAUUAGGGAGCGAUUCUUUCAUAUUGUGCAUGUUAAAGAUACUUCUGCAUCAACUUUGAAAAAAGAGAUAUGUGCUGUUCUUUCUCGUUACAAUCUCCAAAUUGAAAAUAUUCGAGGCCAAGGAUAUGAUGGAGCUAGUAAUAUGCGUGCAUCUAGAGAAGCCAAGCGCAUUCAUCAAUUCUUUAUCCAGUUGACUUCAAUUAUUAAUAUUGUUGGGGGUUCUUCUAAACGUCAUGAUGACUUGCAAUCUAUUCAUGCUGUUGAAAUUGAAAAUUUGGUUGCUUCUAAUGCAAUUGAGACUGGAAGGGGGAUAAACCAAAUUGGCACUUUGCAACGACCUGGAGAUACUCGAUGGUCAUCUCAUUAUCAAUCUGUUUGUAGCAUGAUAAGAAUGUAUGGUGCAACUUGUUCAGUUAUCAACAAGAUCUCAAAUGAGGGAGCUAAUUAUUUUCAACGUGGUGAUGCUGAAGCGGCUUACAUGAUAUUAACAUCAUUUGAAUUUAUUUUGAUAUUGCAUUUGAUGAAAGAAAUUAUGGGACUCACAAAUAUGUUUUGCCAAUCUUUGCAACAAAAGUCACUAGACAUUUUAAAUGCCAUGAGUCAAGUUUCAACUACACAAUCACUCAUUCAAAAGAUGAGAGAUGAUGGGUGGGAGCCUUUGCUUACUACUGUUAAAUCAUUUUGUGAAGAAAAUGAUAUUGAUAUUCCUGAUAUGAAUGCUCAUUACACUAGAGCUCGAGGUAGAUCUUGUCGUCAAGAUGAAGGGUCUCCAACAACAAUGGAGCAUCAUUUUAGAGUUGAUAUAUUUACUGCUGCAAUAGAUUUCCAGUUACAAGAAUUGAAAAAUAGAUUUAAUGAGCAAGCUGUGGAACUCCUCAUUCUUAGCGUCGCUUUAAGCCCUAAAGAUGCAUACAAAUCAUUUAAGAUUGAUGAUAUAUUUUCAGAAAAAUCAAAGAUCUAUCCUUUGAUUGACAGAUUGAUUCGUCUAGUGUUGACUCUCCCUGUUUCUACUGCGACAACAGAACGAGCUUUUUCUGCCAUGAAACUUGUAAAGACUAGAUUGCGUACUAGAAUGGAAGAUAAGUUUCUUGCAGACCAUUUGGUAGUUUAUAUUGAGAAAGAAAUUGCUAAGAAUUUCACUUCAGAGAUGAUAAUGGAUGAAUUUUAUUCCAUUAGAGAUCGUCGUCGAGCAUAA